AAGAACCACAUUUCGGAAAAAUGAGCUACGAUAAGCAUGUUCAGAAUUUCCUGCUGAUGGCUGCCGUAAAGGCGGGAGCUCUUCAAACGGUUGAAGAACUCAUUAACGCUGGCGCAGACGUCAAUUUUGUCGAUAAAUAUGACAGAAACGAAACUCCUCUGCAUGUGGCUGUCACUGCCAGCAACGCAAGAUUGGCAGAAUUGCUUCUCGCUAAAGGAGCAAACACUGAGGCCAGAAACAUUGACAACGAGAAACCCAUGGAUUUGUGCUCCCGUCUGGAAGAAACGAAGAAACAAGAGAUUGAAGCCGUUUUCAACAGUCAUUUUGUCAUCAAAACCUACAACAAACGCCCUGGGACUGCAGCCGUCGAGCAGUACUACAGGACGAAGCUGCUGGCCAUGGUGCUGUUUCGUUUGCUUCACGAUGACCAGAUCGAGAGCUUCUACCUGGGAAAUAACUUGGGCGAGGUGGGCGCAUUUGACGAUGUGGUGCUCCGAACCUGUAGCCAAGGUAGAUCUCGUGUGUACUUUCUACAGGCCAAGCAUCGAGAUUCUACAGACCGUGUUAAUUUUAGUGAUUUAGUGCAGCAAACAAAUGGUUAUUUCCAUCUAUCGAAAUAUUUCGAUAGUUAUUUGAAGAUACGUUACAUGUUCGAGCAGACUAGUGAGCAUGCAAUUUUUCAAGGAAAAUACGAGGAAACAGAGCUGACAAUGAUAAUUUUCACUCCAACUAUAGUAAAUUAUCACAAUGAAGUACAGUGUGAAAUAAUUAACUCUAAGGACAUAUUCUACAGCAAAAUGUCUGGCAAAAUAAUCAAAAUCAAGUGUACAUCAGAUUUGCUAGAACCGUUCAUAAAAAUAUCCAAAGAAUGGCAUUCAAAAGCAGAUUUAUUGAACAAAUUUUCAAAACCUCAGCUGCCAUCGCAUAACGACCACGCCAAUUUAGUAAAGGAUUUUUUCGAAAAAGUGAGGAUUCAUGCAGAGCAAGCCACGGAAGCGGAGCUAGCCGGAAUUGUUCAGCGCGAUAUUAGAGCCAAAAACUAUGAAAGUGAAGAUAUGAUUUUCUCUAAAUUUCAUAGUUUAAUAGAAAACUGGUGGAUGCAAUCCGGUCAAGUGCCAUUUGCAACUAAAAGUUGUCAACUGUUCAAUUUAGCUGUGAAUGAAGUAAAACUUGAUAAGAUUCAGUCGGUUAGUUUCGACAAGGUCGGGAAACAUUUAUUAAAAUUUAAUGUCGAUUCAGCAUUAUAUUCUAAGUGGGACUCUUCUUUAUCAGAAAUGGAAAAUAAUAAUAUUUUUUUCUUAAACAUAUUCAGUAGCACACCCAAACUCAGCUGUUUAAAACUCAUUCAAUAUCUCGAAUUGAAGGGGUUUGAUUUUAAGUUUGUCGUCAUCGAGCAAAUCGAAGCAAAGCACAUCAUUGAUGUUUUGUCAAAAAACCUACCAAAACGCAUGAUACUCGUGUUUCUUCCUCAGUCUAACAACAGCGUCAUAGAGCAAUUACGCAUAAAUGUUUGCAAAUUAAUAGUUAUAACCAGUGAAGAAUGCCAUAACAAUUGCAAUACACUAGCCGACGAAACAAGAGGCUUAGAUGAUAUUGACUUUGAAUGUCAAGAGCAAAUUCUCAACAGUAUUGUCACGUUUCAAAGCUCUGAAAUACCCUUGAGGAAGCUUAUGGAUGGUGUGCCUAGUCAUCUAAUAGAUGCUCAAAUGUUGCAAAGGUUCGUCAAUGGUGAUGGAUUUGUUAUAUCAAAUAAUAAUGCAGCUAUUUUACUCCAGUCAGCCUUCUGCAAAUCCAAAAACGCAGUCCAAACGCUACUUGACUUGGGUGCUAAUGCAAACUUGGGUAAAACCAGCAAUGGUUAUACGCCAUUACAUUGGGCGGCAGAAAAUGACUUGCCUGAGAUCAUCCAACUACUCAUAGAUAAAGGAGCAAACAUUGACUGUAUCACUACGGACGCCGGCCUAACUCCUUUAAAUCAGGCAGCAAUGAGCAAAUCCACAAAUGCAGUCAAAAUGCUACUGGACUUGGGUGCAAAUGCAAACUUGGGUAAAACCAGCAAUGAUUUUACGCCAUUACAUUGGGCGGCAGAGAAGGACUCGCCUGAGAUCAUCCAACUACUCAUCGAUAAAGGAGCAAACAUUGACUGUAUCACCACGGACGAUGGUCGAACUCCUUUAAAUCAGGCAGCAAUGAACAAAUCCACAAAUGCAGUCAAAAUGCUGCUGGACUUGGGCGCUAAUGCAAACUUGGGUGAAACCAGCAAUGGUUUUACGCCAUUACACUAUGCAGCACAGAAUGACAUGCCUGAGAUCAUCCAGCUACUCAUAGAUAAAGGAGCAUACAUUGACUGUAUCACCACGGAUAACGGUCGGACUCCUUUAUAUCAGGCAGCCUCUCGCAAAGCUUCAAAUGCAGUCAAAAUGCUUCUGGACUUGGGAGCCAAUGCAAACUUGGGUAAAACCAGCAAUGGUUUUACGCCAUUACACUGUGCAGGUCGUAAUGACAUGCCUGAGAUCAUCCAACUACUCAUAGAUAAAGGAGCAAACAUUGACUGUAUCACCACGGAUGACGGUCGAACUCCUUUAUACCAGGCAGCAAUUAGCAAAUCCACAAAUGCAGUCAAAAUGCUACUGGACUUGGGUGCAAAUGCAAACUUGGGUAAAACCAGCAGUGGUUUUACGCCAUUACAUUGGGCGGCAAAGAAGGACUCGCCUGAGAUCAUCCAGCUUCUCAUAGAUAAAGGAGCAAACAUUGACUGUAUCACCACGGAUGACGGUCGAACGCCUUUGUGUCAGGCAGCAAUGAGCAAAUCUACGAAUGCAGUCAAAAUGCUACUGGACUUGGGUGCAAAUGCAAACUUGGGUAAAACCAGCAAUGGUUUUACGCCAUUACAUUGGGCAGCACAAAAUGACAUGCCUGACAUCAUCGAACUACUCAUAGAUAAAGGAGCAAACAUUGACUGUAUCACCACGAAUGACGGUCGAACUCCUUUAUAUCAGGCAGCAAUGAGAAUAUCCACAAAUGCAGUCAAAAUGCUACUGGACUUGGGUGCAAAUGCAAACUUGGGUAAAACCAGCAAUGGUUUUACGCCAUUACAUUGGGCGGCAGAGAAGGACUCGCCUGAGAUCAUCCAACUACUCAUAGAUAAAGGAGCAAACAUUGACUGUAUUACCACGGAUGACGGCCUAACUCCUUUAUAUCAGGCAGCAAUGAGAAUAUCCACAAAUGCAGUCAAAAUGCUACUGGACUUGGGUGCAAAUGCAAACUUGGGUAAAACCAGCAAUGGUUUUACGCCAUUACAUUGGGCAGCACAAAAUGACAUGCCUGACAUCAUCGAACUACUCAUAGAUAAAGGAGCAAACAUUGACUGUAUCACCACGAAUGACGGUCGAACUCCUUUAUAUCAGGCAGCAAUGAGAAUAUCCACAAAUGCAGUCAAAAUGCUACUGGACUUGGGUGCAAAUGCAAACUUGGGUAAAACCAGCAAUGGUUUUACGCCAUUACAUUGGGCGGCAGAGAAGGACUCGCCUGAGAUCAUCCAACUACUCAUAGAUAAAGGAGCAAACAUUGACUGUAUUACCACGGAUGACGGCCUAACUCCUUUAUAUCAGGCAGCAAUGAGAAUAUCCACAAAUGCAGUCAAAAUGCUACUGGACUUGGGUGCCAAUGCAAACUUGGGUAUAAAGGAGCAAACAUUGACUGUAUCACCACGGAUGACGGUCGAACUCCUUUAA